CCAUUGCAUGACCAUCCUUCUACAUAGCAGAAAAGUUUGGGGUAGAGUGGCAACUUACGGCAUUUCUUUUUUCUCUCUCUCUCCAGGUGCAGGAGAAUCUGGGAAGAGCACAAUUGUCAAACAGAUGAAGAUUAUCCAUGAAGAUGGCUACUCAGAAGAGGAAUGCAGGCAGUACAAAGCUGUGGUUUACAGCAAUACCAUCCAAUCUAUAAUGGCCAUCAUCAAAGCCAUGGGAAACCUGCAGAUUGACUUUGGAGAUCCAACAAGAGCAGAUGAUGCUCGGCAACUAUUUGCGCUCUCUUGCACUGCAGAGGAGCAGGGAAUCAUGCCGGAGGACCUUGCCAAUGUGAUCCGGAGGCUGUGGGCUGAUAAUGGAGUCCAAGCUUGCUUUAACCGUUCCCGAGAGUACCAGCUGAAUGACUCUGCUGCAUACUACCUGAAUGACUUGGAGAGGAUAGCCAGAUCAGAUUACAUUCCCACCCAGCAGGAUGUGCUGAGGACCAGGGUGAAGACCACAGGCAUCGUAGAGACUCACUUCACCUUUAAGGACCUGCAUUUCAAGAUGUUUGACGUGGGUGGCCAGAGGUCGGAGAGGAAGAAGUGGAUCCAUUGCUUCGAAGGAGUGACGGCCAUUAUCUUCUGUGUGGCUCUCAGUGCUUAUGACCUGGUUCUGGCUGAGGACGAGGAGAUGAAUCGUAUGCAUGAGAGCAUGAAGCUGUUCGACAGCAUCUGUAACAACAAGUGGUUCACAGACACAUCCAUCAUUCUCUUCCUGAACAAGAAGGACCUCUUUGAGGAGAAGAUCAUCCACAGCCCCCUGACCAUCUGCUUCCCAGAGUACACAGGGGCUAACAAGUAUGACGAUGCAUCAAGCUACAUCCAGAGUAAGUUUGAGGACCUGAACAAGAGGAAGGACACCAAGGAGAUCUACACACAUUUCACGUGCGCCACCGACACCAAGAACGUGCAGUUCGUUUUCGAUGCCGUCACCGAUGUCAUCAUCAAAAACAACCUGAAGGAUUGUGGUCUUUUCUAAUCUAGGAACUAAACCUGCUGAGUAAUGUGGGAAGGAUUACUUGAACUGCUUUGUACCAGGAGGAAGAGGCUGAUGCUGAUAAAGAAAGGACUGCAUCAUUUAAUGACUUCUGCUUCUCAUUUUUUUUGUUUCUUUUUUCCCCCAAUGAAGAGACUUUGGUUAAUGACCAUGAUUGCAGAGACAGGUUCUGUUUUUCCCCACUGUUCCCUCAGCCGUUGCUUCCAGGCUUUGUAUUUGAACCUGUUCAUUAGUUUUCUCUCCAGUUCAUCCCCACAAAGACUUACUCAUGGAUCACAAAACUGUGGCUAUAGUUCAUAACACUUCAGUCUGUUUUCCUUUGGAACAUGAGCUUGCAGGUUUUCCAAUGGGUUUGUUUUUUGUUUUUUGAAUGAGGAAACCCAAAUUUUUACUACUUUUUUUUAACUGGUUGAAAUUGCUUCAAAUCAUCCUUUUUAUUAAUUUAAAAGAAAUCACCUUCCAAAUGUUUACAUUUAAACUGUGGCUCUCUUCACUGCAGAGAUCCAGCCGGUCUCCUGCACUCCUGUAAUUUGCACAAGCCAGCAAGAAAAAAAACAACAAACCAACAUUCCUUUAAAAAUUUAAAAUUAAAAAAGGCUUAUUUUACGUUGCUUUUUAAAAGAAAAUCUUUUUAAAAACUAUUUAAAGCGUCAAGUACUAAGUGGUCAAGUUGUCUUCACAGAAUCUUCUACAGUAAAAAUUUUGUGCCUUGAGGUUGUCUGUACGUUUACAUCUAUUCCAUAAUUUGCUCUGGCAUGUUUGUGUUUUUGGAAUUGGGUUAAAAUAAAAUGUCCCUUUUCCUCAUCUCUCCUCUUCUCCCCCCCCCUCCCUCGCCACAGGCUGGGAGCAGUCCCCAUCCAGGGAGAGCACACAUCCCAGGACCUCUAAACAUGUCUCUUCCCAUCAGCAAGAACUAGGUUUCUAAGGGCUAAGAUGCCAGUGAAGGACUAAGUGGUGGUGAUCCUGUCAACUUCUUUUUCAUUCCUUUCCUUCCCUGUUGCUCGCCAGCAGGCAGGGUUGCUCACGAGGUUGCUGUACUGUCAACUCUGUUUUAAACGUAGUUUCUUAGCUCUAACUGUAGCGUCGGUUGAAGAAACACUGCUGUACAAAAGCAGCCCCCAGCUUGUCUCUCAUCGAGAGCCAGUAGGGGCUAAUAGCAAACAGUGGACGCAGCCUAGCUUUUAUCACAUGAUGUUUUACCAAAAUUGUUCACACGGUUUGAAAUAAUAAAAUUGUAGAAAGAAAA